CUUCUCUUGAGUGCCACGCUGAUUUGAUCCUGGCCGCAAAUUAGUUGCUGAUGGGAUCAAGGCGCGAUCGGCUUCUCGAGCCUUCUCCAUUUUAGGUGCAGUACCUCGCAAUCUAGUGAGCUGGCAAGUGACAGUUGAGAACCUCUGCGCAGUUGUGAAAGUUGAAACUGUCAACGUCCUCCUGCAUUGAGUUUACCUCAGCAACCUGAUCGACCAUACCAAGCGAAAGCAAGAUUACUCUACAUUCCUAGACCGCAUUGUUGAUCACUUGCAAGCCGCAUCAGUCAGCUGUCUCCUGCUUUGAUCGUCCAGCUACCAUGGCCCGAUCCCUCCCCCUCGUGUGCGUGGCCCUGACGCUCUCCCUUUUGGCGGCUGUGCCCUGCUCUGCGCAGACUAACCUCACCCAAACCCUCCUUAGCCUGCAGACUGACUCCACCUACAGCACCGUGGCCACCGCAAUCGUUGCUGCCAACCUCACUGAGCCAAUCGUGUCUCUGUCGGACUCUAGCGGAGUCACUCUGCUGGCCCCGAACAAUGAGGCCUUCAAUGCCCUGGGCAACGCUACUGUGAGCUGCUUGCUGGCGCAGCCGGGACUGGUCCUGCUCUCCACAGUCCUCAGGUACCAUGUGAUCGCUGGCUUCUACAAUUCCACUGCGAUCGUGGCGGCUGCGCCCGUGAGCCUGCCUUCUGUCCUUGGGCCCGACCUCAACAUCACAGUUUCUGGUUCCACAGUCCAAGUGAACACCGUGCCUGUGGUCGCACCGGAUGUCAUCCAGGCCAUUCCCAGCGCCGUCGUUCACGGCAUUAGCUCCGUGCUCAUUCCCCCGGGGGGUCUCCAGGCUGUCCAGGCAUACUGUGCUUCAGCUCCCACCACGCCCACACCUGUCGGAGCAUCAUCAGGGCUUUUGUCGGGCUUCAACGGGCUCUUCGCUCUCGCCAUGUUUGCGGUCUGCGCUCUCCAGGUACUGCUAUAAGGAGCUUCAUCGGAGAGAUUUUCACCUUUUGAUUCCUUAGUUUCAGACGAAAGUAUGACAUCGAUGGUGCCACAUUGGCCGCCGUUGAUUGCAACAGCAAGCUUGUGAAAAUGUGUAACUUCGUUUAGAAAGGUUUUGCGGGGUCAAUGCCGAACAUUGGCCCAACACUCUUCUCUGUAGCUGCACAAAAGGCUCUUCGCUAGGCGGCUAAUCCCGUUGAUAAUUGCAAAGUAAUGAAGGCUGUGAUUGCAUCUGCCCAGUUUUUAUAGGCAAGUUGAAACUUACCUCUCCAUGGAUAUCAGUACUCAGUUGUUGUCAAAGGUUUCUUGCUUAGCUUUUAGCGCGCAACUUAUCAAGGUGGAUAGAAGAUAGAAGCACAUGAGUCUUGAACAAGCAUUUACCGUUUCAGGGUGACAAGGUCUUCUGAAACCUGUGACUUAUGUCAGUCAUGUGACAGUGUCAGCUAGAUGUGGCAUGUACGUGAAAGACUGAGCAACCAAAAUCGAUG